CAUGUGGUCCAGUUCUUCUACCGGCGUGUAACCUGAAAGGCUGAUUAGUGUCAGUGGUUCCUCUCCGGCUGGCCAGUUAAACCUUUGAAUUCUUUACACACCCAUAUUCAGGGCUCUGAAACUUAGUUUCUGUUUCACAAGCUUGAGUUUUUGUCUUCGAGUCAAGUUAACUUACCUUUUGAAAGAUGGGCGGAAAAAGUGUGCAAGAUUUGAAAGAUAUUGCUAAUAAAUUGCGUAUUAACAGUAUAAAAGCAACAAAUGCUAGCAAUUCUGGUCAUCCUACAUCAUGCUGUUCAAUGGCAGAAAUUAUGUCUGUCCUGUUUUUUAACACCAUGAAAUUCAAAGUUUCUGAUCCCAGAGAUCCAUCAAGUGACAGAUUUGUCCUUUCCAAGGGCCAUGCGGCUCCUAUCCUUUAUGCUGCUUGGGCUGAGGCUGGUUUAUUUCCUGAAAGUGAUCUUUUGAAACUGAGGAAGAUUGACUGUGACCUUGAGGGACAUCCUACUCCCCGUCUUUCUUUUGUGGAUGUUGCAACUGGUUCAUUAGGACAAGGAUUAAGUUGUUCAGCUGGUAUCGCAUAUACUGGAAAAUACUUCGAAAAUGCAAGCUAUCGUGUAUAUUGCUUGAUUGGAGAUGGAGAAUCAGCAGAAGGUUCAAUCUGGGAAGCCCUUUCAUUUGCUGGCCAUUACAAAUUGGAUAAUCUUGUUGCCAUUUUUGAUAUCAAUAGAUUGGGUCAAAGUGAACCUACUAUGUUUCAACAUCAUAUGGACGUUUAUGAGCAAAGAUUGAAAGCUUUUGGCUUUAAUACAAUUGUAAUUGAUGGUCAUGAUGUUGAACAAAUAAUUAAUGCGUUAGAAAAUGCUGCAAAUUGUAAGGGCAAGCCCACAGCUAUUUUAGCAAAAACUUACAAGGGCAAAGGAUUGGCUGGUAUUGAAGAUGAAGAAAACUGGCAUGGUAAACCCCUUGGUGCUAAAGCUGAGAAUGCUAUAAAAGAACUACUGGCUCUCAUAGCUAAUAACUGUCCCCCACCAAUUGCUACCAUCCAGCCUGCAAGUGAUGUUCCUCCUGUUGCUAAUAGCCCAAUCUGCCUUUCAGAGCCACCUAACUAUACUUUAGGUGAAACGGUUGCAACUCGGCUUGCUUAUGGUACAGCUUUGUUGAAACUCGGAACCAACAGCAAGCGUAUUGUUGCUUUGGAUGCUGAUACAAAAAAUUCUACCUAUUCUGACAAAUUUCGAAAAGCUUUUCCUGAUCGUUUUGUUGAGUGCUUUAUUGCAGAGCAGAAUCUUAUUGGAGUUGCUGUUGGCUGCUCUACCAGGGGUAGAAAGAUUCCUUUUACCAGUACAUUUGCUACUUUCUAUACCCGAGCAUUUGAUCAGCUGCGCAUGGCAGCUAUUUCUCAGGCUAAUAUCAAGUGCUGUGGAUCUCACUGUGGAGUUUCUAUUGGUGAGGAUGGCCCUUCUCAGAUGGGUUUGGAAGAUAUUGCCAUGUUUCGUACUCUGCCUGGAAGUACAGUUUUUUAUCCUAGUGAUGCUGUAUCUACAGAGCGUGCGUGUGAACUUGCGGCUAACAUUCAUGGAAUCUGCUUUAUUAGAACAUCUCGUCCUAAUACACCUGUAAUAUAUGCAAAUGAUGAACCAUUUGCAAUAGGAAAAGCUAAGGUUGUGAAAAAGUCUGCAAGUGAUGUUGCAGUUGUAAUUAGUGCUGGAGUCACCUUAUUUGAAGCUUUGAAAGCUGCCGAUUUGCUGGAUCAGCAAGGAAUUAAUGUGCGAGUAAUUGAUCUGUUUACUGUAAAACCUAUUGAUGUUGCUACUAUACAAAGCAAUGCCAAGGAAUGUGGAGGCAGAAUUAUUACAGUUGAAGAUCAUUAUGGUGAAGGUGGAAUCGGAGAAGCUGUAGCUGGAGCUGUUAGUUGUUGCCGUAACACCAUUCUAACUCGCUUAGCUGUGUCUGGUGUACCUCGCAGUGGACCACCUGCUGUCUUGCUGGAUAUGUUUGGCAUCAGUGCAAACCACAUCGUAAAAGCUGUGAUGGAGAUCAAGGAUUUGUAAAAUAAUUGCAUGAAAACUGAUUUCUUUGAAUUCAUUCCAUGAUGCAUAUUCCUUUGUGAAUGUGUAUCAGUGUGGAAGAUUUUGCAUUGCUAGUUAAUUUGCAUGCUUUGUCUUCACAAUCAUCAAAGCCUUAUGAAACGAUUAACGGGUUCUUUUCCUUUGUUCCUCAUUAAAUUUUUUUUUUAAUUAUAAUUUGUUAUUUCUUAAGCUUGAAAAUGCUUUUGUAAAAAAAUAAAUCUUUUCCACAUUA